UUAAAAGUUAAUUCACUUGUUUACUCACAACAGACCGCGGAGCAGUGCUGAAAGCGUGCAGCAUCGUCGUUACUAAAAAGUAAAUCAAAAGAUCAUUUGAUUAAUGCUUCUUAUAAAAGAUAAAAAAGAAAAUGUAUUCUGUAAAAUCAAGAUUAGUCACUUCACCAUUUUUAUGGCACAUAAAAUUUAAGCAAGCUGUUACACAACCGUCAUCUUGGCUUCAGUUCAUUUCUACAACACAACAAAAUGCAGACGCAGCAAAAUCCUUGGAUCAAGAUGCAUCUGGGAAGUUAGCUUUUGUGGCAGAUCAGAAGCACAGAAAGAAACCUUCUCAUAAAAAAUAUGAGUCUCAUAAUAAUUUUCAAGGUAGUCAUUCUCAAAAUCUGCUCAAGAUAAGAGAUAAUUUUAUUAGCUCAUCAGCACUGAAGUCCAGUGAAAACCUCUUGGAAGAUAAUGCACUUGAGAAGUGGCACAGGUUUAAGGAUGUAGAAUAUGAAAAGAUUUUGAAGCAGUCAAGAAAUCUCCUUCAGGAUGAUAGUGAGGAUGAAUACUAUUUCUUCAGGAAUGGAAACCUCAAAGAUUCAAAUGAGAAAUCAAGUAGCACUCCAGAAGGAAUUGAAUUUCCUCCAGCGUCAGAUGCUAAAAAGAGUGGACUUAAAUUACAAAACCCUGAUACCUAUGGGACAUUUCCACCGAUGAAGAAUGAACAUGAAGAAAUAAAAGAAGAUGAAGGGGAUAGAAGAGAAGAAAAAUUUGAGGAAACGCGUUUGGCAAAAAGACACAAGCCACAGUAUUAUGGUCAGCAGAUGAAGAUGCUUUGUAAAGAAAAGAAGCUAGUUGAAGCUUUGAAGAUUUUAGAGGAAGAGAUGCCAUCAGUGGGAGCCAAACCAAAUAGUUACUGCUACAAUGUCCUCAUUGGUGCAUGUGGUCGAGCAGGUUACACAAAAAAGGCUUUCCAGUUGUACAGUCAGAUGAAAAAAAGGGGCCUGACACCUAAACAUGUAGUAUUCACCAGUCUUUUCAAUGCCUGUGCUAACUCACCCUGGCCACUCACUGAUGGCCUACAGAGAGCAACCAAGCUAAGCAAACAACUAAUGGAGAAUGGUGUUAUUUUGAAUAGUACAACUUCACAUGCUAUGAUAAAAGCAUUUGGUAGAUGUGGGGAUAUCAAAACAGCUUUCCAAAUUGUGGAUGAGAUGGUAGAUAAAGGGUUAUUAAUUACAACAGAAAGCCUGAAUUUCUUGUUACAAGCGUGUAUUACUCAUCAAGCGGCUGGUUUUAGACAUGCUCUUUUAGUAUGGAGAAAGAUGCGCGAGUUGAAACUGUCUCCAGAUAUAUACUCCUACAACUUAUUGGUUCGGUGUAUCAAAGAAUGCCAAGCAGGAGAUCCACAGCUGACUUCUCAACUUCUCCAGGAAACUCCCUCUCCAUCUAUGGUUGUGAGAGGAAACCAAAAGCCCAAAAUAAAUGGAGAACACACUGAAAAGGUUCUGCACAUAGAAAGUAAAAAGGAGCCAUCAGAAAGUGAAAGCAAGGCAUGCAUAGAAACUGAUAGAGGUGUUCAAAGUGGAGAAAAUAGUAUCAGCCUCAUAGAACCUGAGUAUACUGUCAUUGAAGUAAAAAGAAACAUGGAAAAUGCUCAGGCUGAUCAGCAAGUCUUACCAGAUCUCUUAGGGAGAAAAAUGACUGUUGGCAAUGUUAUUGGUUUAAGAUCUCUACAGCAACCAGAGGAUAGGCUGGCUCUGGUAGGAGGCCCAGUUAGCAUCUUUAAACACAUGGCAGAAGAUAAUGUGAAACCUGACAUCAGAACAGUGACACAGAUGUUGGAAUCUUUACCUGCAGAUACUCAGGCAGAAGAGGCUUUAUUGGAUUCAAUGAAGAAUAUUGGAAUUGUACCAGAUAUCCAGUUUUACAACAUGCUUAUCCGCAGGAGAAGUUUUCGCAGAGAUACCAGUGCAGCUAAAGAAGUAUUAGACUUCAUGCAGGAACAUCACCUUGUGCCAGAUCUCAUAACCUUUGGCUGCCUGGCCUUAGGUUGUCACCGCUUGCAUGACGCAAAGAACUUUCUGAAGGACAUGGACUCUUUGGGCUUCAGGCCAAAUUUGGAGAUAAUGACAUCUUUGGUGAAAAAUGGUUUAGUAAAGACAGACUACUAUUUUACUCUGGAGAUGCUCUUUGAGAUAAGAGACAGAAACAUUGUCCCAGAUGAACAUCUUAUCAACAUCCUUGAGAAGGCUCGAAAGAGAGCACGUGAUAUAGUCUUAAAAUCAGAAGAAGAUGGUGAUAACUUUGAACAGAAGAAUAGAUUGAAAGGAAUGAGGCUCUUCUUGCUAGAAUAUAAAAACUGGCUGAAAGCAUCAAAUAUACAACUCCCAGACCACCCUUGGGCACAGUACAGAGCAGCAUCAACAAAUCAGAGAUGAUCUUAUAGUUGUGUAGUAGUGUUUCCUCAGUAAAACAUGUAAUUCCUUUUAUGUUAAAAUCUCUGAAGAUAUUUGUAGAUAUCUUAUAUCUUAUUCUUGUACAUAAUGAAAUAAACUAUCAGAGUUGUUGAAUUACAGCUAGUCAUAAAUAUAUGAUAACAAAGAUGAUGGAA